AUGCCGCGGGGGCGAAGCAGGCCCGGCCCAAGCAGCGGGGCCCGCGGGCAGCCGGUGCUAAGCAAGUUCUUCCAGGCGGCGGGAUCCCUCCGGGCAACCGCUUCCUCCUCGGCUGCCGCCGCCGCCGCCGCCGAAGAGGAGGAGAGAAGCGAGGGCUGUAUGGCGGCUGCAGGGGUUGAUCCGCACACGGUGCGUGGGAAGCGGGUGGCGGCGUUUGGGUGCCUGAGCCUGACUUGACGUAAAACCUCCUCAAAGCACGUUUCUUUUCUCCGGCUGCUCCGUCCCCGCCUUCUAAUCUUUCAAUCCUGUUUCGCGGUGCAGGAAAAAGCGACCCCUUCUUCGCCCCCCGCGACGCCGCAGUUCGAGCAGGGGCCUCUUCAGUACUUCCAGAACUAGGGUUCCCCCUCAGCCUUGUUCUUUGAGCAGGGCUUGGUUUUCUAGGGUGCUCUGCAUUCUGCCCUUGGGUGCUCUGACGAGCCAAACGCAAGGAUAGACUUGUAGGCUGAUGCAGCUUGACUUGCUCAGAGGGCAGCUAGAAGAAAUUAACUGAAUGUAUUGAAAAGAGUUGAUCGUUUUCCUCGACAACCUGUUAAAGGCUGAGUUUGAUGCAUUUGUAUGCCCCCCCCCAUAUUAAAUAGCUGCUGGUGUUGUUCUUAUUACUUUGUAUCCCCUCACCUCUGUGCUCUGUAUGGGGGAACUGUCGCUAGUUGGGAGCAUGCAAUGCAAUUUAUUGGUUGACAGCAAACGGAUUAAAGAAACUCAACAGUUGCAUUGAAUACUUUUAGCCACGAUUGUUAAAAGAAACCUCCAGGCUCCCCAGCAGUAUGCUGCUGAAUACUAGGGAGCCAAGGACACGGAGUGUGCCUUCAAGCCCUGUUUGUGGUCUUGGCAGAAACAGCUAGUUGACCACUGCUAAAUGUAACUUUGAUCUGAUCAAUCAGGGCUGUUAUGUUCCAUUAAGGAACUCAUACAGGAAGAAAUACUUUUUUCUGGUAGCUAAUAAGUUAUGUGUAUUAAGCUGUGUAUAUGUCUGAUUGGACAAAUGAACUUGAUAGUGCCCCAGGGAUUUGAACCCAGCUUUUUGUUCUGAUGCAAAACAGGGAGUGUAGGUUUACAUCACACUUUUUAGCCCUGUGACUGUUAAGUCUGGAUUGCCCAAUGUGCCCUGUUGAUAGAAUCAUAGAAUUGUAGAGUCGGAAGGGACCCAGAGGGUCAUCUAGUCCAACCCCCUGAAAUGCAGGAAUCUCAGCUAAAGCAUCCAUGGUAGAUGGCCAUCUAACCUGUGCGUAAGAAACUCCAAGGAAGGAGAGUCUGUGGAGUGGCUACCCUCCAGUGCAGGAGAAAAUGCAGUGAAGGCUACCCUCUAGUGCAGCUUGCUCCAUCUUCCAUGUGACAGCCCUUUAGAUAUUUGAAGAUGGCUAUCAUAUAACCUUUCAGCCUCCUCUUUUCCAGGCUAAACAUACCCAACUCCCUCAACUAUCCCUCAUAAGGCUUGGUUUCCAUACCUUUGAUUAUCUUGGUCACCUGCCUCUGCAGUGUUCUUAAAUUGUGGUGCCCAGAACUGGACACCACAGUAUUCCAGGUGUGGUCUGACCAAGGCAGAAUAGAACAGUAUUACUUCUCUUGAUCUGGAAUCGGUAGUAUGUUGCUGCACCACAAUUCCAAUAAUCCCUGAUCAUUAACCCUGCUGAUUGAGGUUGAUGUGAGCUGUAUUUCAAGAUAACCCAGAGGUCACCACAUUGGCUAUCUUGGGUUUAUGUGAUUUUGGCACAUCAGGUCUCUUACGUAUUUGUAACCAGUCUCAGAGGGUUCUUGAGAAUGAAUACAAAUGAGAAAAACUGCAAACAUAAGCAUAUUUUCUUGUUGAAUUAAGUGAGGUUUAAAUUAAAGUAAAUGUGUUUUUAAGAUAGGAAUGACAAAUUGCAACACAUUUUGCAAAUAUAAAAUGCUGUAGGAAUUAUUGUUAUAUGAGCCUUGUGGAAUUUAAAGACAUUUUUAUUUCUCCAGGCCUGUGAAAGGGGAUUGAUAUAUUUAGGCACUGUAGUCUUUAUAGUUGUCAUUUUAAUUAUUGUAUUUUGUGCAUGAUUUUAUUUAAUUUCAUUUUCUUAUGGCAUCUUGGGCAUUCUUUGAGGAGGAACAGCAAGAUAUAUUUUGAUAAAACCAAUAAAAGUGAAGCUUCAGUUUACUGCUAUCUGUCAGGAAGACUGCAGAUGUUACUGUUCAUUUAGUACAUUCCUCUGGUGAGAGGCAGUAAAUGUGAGUUUAAGGCUCACUCCUAAUCACACUCUGGAUAGACUGUCCCAUUCUAAAAUUUUCUUGCUUUUUAGUGGUAUGGUAAAAUUAGUUUGGAUUUUCAUACUGUAUCAUUGAUUUCUGUCAUUUUAUAUGACAACGAAAGAUAAAAAUCUAAUGAUUAACAUAUUUUAGUUGGUAAAUAAAUACUGGGGCACACAUUGCACUCCAAAGUUAAAUGUGUAGGGUAUAAUGGAUUGUGUGGUUACUGCAUAGAAACUUAGCUAACUUUUCAUUUCGCCUUAUGGUCUUAUCAGAGAGAUUUUAUUACUACAGUUUAUAUCUCCUUUUUUCCAAGAUGCUCAAGAAUUCUCUUUUAUUCUUACAGCAAACCUGUGAGGUAGGUUAGGCUGAUAAACUAAUGAGCUUCAUUGCUGGGUAUGGAUUUGAACCUUGGUCUCUCGGGUCCUAAUCCAAUACUAACCGUUGCACCACCCUGUCUCUCAUAACUGUGUCCAGGCUUUAUUAUUAUUAUUAUUAUUAUUAUUAUUAAAUAUUUUCUUGAUUUACAAAAGUGUGUGCAAUGUCUCUCGUAUAUUUCCCCCCCAUGUAACAUUUUUACAAGUCAGUUUCAUUUGUUGAGACAUUGGGAAGAAAAGGGGGAAAGAGGUGGAGGGGGAAAAGAUGAGUGAGGGUGGGGUCGGGUGGCAAUGUUUCUAUUUACUUACUGUAUGUAGGGUUUGGUGUCAGCGUUGCUUGUGCAGGUUCUUUGCUGUUCACUUGUGUUCCUUUGGUGGUGAGAGAGGUUGGGGUUGGCCUAGGGUGUGGUUGUGCCCAGGCUUUUGUCUAAAUUACUGACAUUUGGGGGUGAGGGCAAAAGGACUGCCAGUUAUGUCCUGGCAGCUGACUGUCAGAUACAGCCUUCUAAAUCUUGCACGCUGAUAAACCUUGCAUGUUCAACUUUUAAAAGUUUUGGACUGCAUUCUAUCUUUUGGGAAAAAGCAGCGAUGGUAAAAACUUUGUUUUAAAUGAAAACUAAAAUCUAUGACUUGUGGGAAAGACUUGUGGGUCUUUCACCAAUCAUACUGUGGAGAUACAUUGGGUUGUAUCCAACAUUAGUCAUACUCAGACCUAUUGAAAUCAAGUUUCAGUGGACCUUCAUGAGUAUGACUAAUGUUGGAUAUCACCCAUUGAUUUCAGUGGGUCUAAUUUCAAAUAAUUACAGUAAAGAGCUCUUCAUGAUAGUUUGUUCUGAAUCUUUGAUUGUUCUCUACUUAUCUUCAAACUGAUUCCAGAGUCCAAACAGACUGAAACUGUUUGAAAUAACAUUUUGCAGACUCAUGAACCUGAUGGGAAAAAGAGAAGAGUUGUUAGAAACCAAGAACAUGCGGACAUAUGUUCAAAACUUCUGCAGAGUAGAAGAAAAGAAGAGGUCAAUAGAGUGAGUACUCUCAACACUGGUAAGUUUUCAGUAAAGUAGCUGGUUAUAAUUAAAAUCAAGAAUUAAAGGUAAAGGACCCCUGACAGUUAAGUCCAGUCGCAGACGACUCUGGGGUUGUGGCGAUCAUCUCGUUUUACAGGCCGAGGGAGCCGGUGUUUGUCUGCAGACAGUUUUUCCGGGUCAUGUGGCCAGCAUGACUAAGCCACUUCUGGCGCAACAGAACACUGAAACCAGAGCAGUGCACGGAAACGCCAUUUACCUUCCCGCUGGAGCGGUAUCUAUCUUGCACUUUUUUUAGCGUGCUUUCGAACUGCUAGGUUGUAAAGCUACAGCAAGAACAGCCUCAGAUACAUAUUUGAGGCAGAGAGCUGAGGGAUGGAGAGCAUGACUGCCUCCAUCCCAAGCAGAAAAGGAGAGUGGAGGGGAACAGGAAAUAAGCCUUACUUUCUCCCUCUUUGCAGAAGGGGGCAUACAGAGCCUGCUCUAGUAAUUUAGAACUCUCUGAUCCUUAACCCAUUCACAUGCUCACUAGCAUUGUUAGGUUUACUGCAAAUCCCCCACAAUAGGAACAUAUGAAGCAGUCUGUCACAGUCCAAUGACUGGUUCAUCUUGCUCAUUAUUUUCUAUUCUAAUUGGUCAUUACUUUCCAGGGUUUCGGACUGGAGAAUUUCCCAGCCCUUACCCAAAGAUGCUGGGAAUUGAACCUGGAACCUUAUGCAUGCAAAACAUGUUUUCUACCACCGAGCUACAUGUACUGAGUCUGAGACCUUCUCCUGACCUGCCUAUGCAUAGAUGUGAAGGGGGGAAAUUGUGGCUAUGAUAGACUUUUUUUUUGUCGUUUAGUCGUUUAGUCGUGUCCGACUCUUCGUGACCCCAUGGACCAGAGCACGCCAGGCUCUUUAGUUAGCUGAUAAAACCCAUAAUGCAUUAUAUUUAGUACUUAUAACUUAUUAAUAUUAACAACAGUAUAUUGUAUUAGAAGCAUUGUUAUUUCAGUUACUAAUAACGAAUGUAGUACCAUCAGUAUGUAUAGCACAAGAGGACAGGUCCUUGUCCUGAGAGAACUUACAACCUGAAAUUUGACAUAGAGGAAGCAGAAUGGAAAGGGGAAGUAAAGGGAGGCAUAGGCAUGUAAGCAAUAUGAGCUGAUUUCACCUGCACAUGCUUAGGGUUAGUAACAUUCUUAUGUGGGGUUUGAUGAGGUAUUUGAACAAAAGACUACAUAGAUGUUAUCAGGCAGUUCCAAGCAAUGGGGAUAGAGCCGAGGACCUUGGAUGAUGGAGGGUGGUGGAACUAGAGAACUAAAGAUCACAGGCAGGAGUGAGAGAAAGGAUAACACAGAGGACAUUGAAAGUUAGGGCAAGAAGCUUUUGCUAGAUCUGGGAGCAGACAGAAAGCCAGCAUAGAUAUAUAAGGAGUGAUGUCAUGUGCAGAGUGACCGGAGGGCUGAUUGCCUUUGCUGAGUGGGGCAGAGGAAUAAUAGAAUCAUAGAAGUGUAGAGUUGGAAAGGACCCAGAGGGUCAUCUAGUCCAACCUUCUCCAAUGCAGGAAGGGCCAUAUUCUUGCAGUGUUAUAAAGGACCAUGUAUUUGCAAUGCUAUAAAGGGAGAAGUGAUGCAACUUGACUUCAGAGUGAAUAUGGAGAACAAAUGAGAGAGAGGAGCCAUAGACAAUGCCAUCCUGUGUGCCUUUUAAACAUUCAGGUAACACUGUCCUUGGAUAAGGAAAACUUAUGUGGGGAAGAAAGCUUAGGAGGGAAAAUAAGAAAUUUGACCUUGGGCAUGUUGAGUUUGAGGUGAAAAUCUUCUGUUUGUUUAUUUGUUUGUUUAUAUUUGCUGACAAAGGAGAGCCAAACAAAUCUACCAGUUCCCAAAUAUGUUCAGAAACCUUAGAUAAACUGCGAAAGUUCUCUUUCAAUUUGGAGCGUCCAAGAAAAAGAAUUCAUUCGGAGACUCUUCAUGGAAGUCACUCUGUGGAUUUAAGCAAGUACCAGCAUUCUAUGGUUGGAAACAAUUGUAUAAAUGGCUCUCAACAUUCUCACGACAUUAACAAGGCAAGUAGUCCCCACCCUGCUCCACAGUACUUUUACAUUCAGUUAUUAAAAAUAUGUUACUUAUGUGUUUCUUCAUGGAUUAGGCCACCAGCCCUUACAAAUGCAAGCAGCAGUGAAUACUGGCAGCAUAAUAUUUAUAAAUCCGGAGACAGGCUGUUCUGUGUUUCAAGUUAGAGGUCAGCAGAAAAUAUUGAAUGGGAUGACUGUGGUUACAGUACAGAGGAGUCAGUAAGAGAGAGAGAGUUUUGUUUCAACAUUCACUCACUUGAUCUCAAAUUGCUUUUAAGUUCUCCAUUUAAAAAUAUGGGUAUGAUGCAUUAAUAAGGAAAAUUGCUGAUAAAAAACCUGUGUGUGUGAUUUUACAUUGACUUUACAGUUAAUUGAUUCUGUGGCUGAUGGUUCGCUAGAGAAGACAAUGAGCUGAAAGCCAGUUAUUAAUGAAGACAUUUUAAAGUACAUAGCUAGUGGAAAGAUAACGCCCUUGUAUAUUUAUCAUAAUUUAGUAAUGUGCCAAAAAACAUUAUUAUGAGUCAAAUAAUUGUUAAUCCUAAAGGUAUGUGAUGAUUUCCAAAUUCAGUUUAUGUGGUUAUUAAUCCUUCUUGAUAGUGGCAGAGUUUUCUUGAAAACUAAGCAAAGGGUAGGCAACCUUUUUCAACCCAGGGGCCACAUUUCCUAUUGGACAACCUUCUGAGGUCCACAUGCCAGUUAUGCAAGGGCAUAAUAGAGCCAGAUAAAAGCAUUUAAAGAAAUUGCAGAAUAUGACUGGUGAGGCAAAUAGCCUAGGGAGAAGGGGUGUAGCCUAGGGAGAAUUGUGAGGACCAGACAGAGGGACCUACAAAGCCACAUUCAGGUUCUGGGCCUAAAGUUUUCCACCCCUAGAUUAAGCCAUUAGUUUUCCAGAUUUUAUAGAUUCAGAUUGGUAAUGUAUCAGUUCAUGACUAGCUUUUCUUCCGCUCCUUUAUAGGAACAUCUAACAGACUUUGGGUUGUGUUCAAAUAUUUUUUACUUGCAACAAACCCAUUAAAAUUAAUGGCUAACUUAAGUGUAUGAAUUUCAGUGGGUCUGUUCUGAAUAAAAGUUAGCUUAAUACAACCCUUUAUGUUGCAAUAUGUUCACUACACAUCUGAAAAAUUGCAUAUUCUAUGUAAAAAAUGAUUUAGGGGACCAGCUUUCAUAAACUGGAAAAAGAGUUUUUUGAUAUACCAGCAUUGAAUAACAAAGAUACAAUAUGCAAACAAGGAAGCUGGUAAAAAUGUGUUGUGGGCUAGAACAUUUUGUUGAAGUAUUUUGGGAAUUCAUCUUACUGCCUUGUCAAACUUUCUAUUUCUGAUUUCAUGUUGGAGCCAGACUUGCCACCUUAUCACUGAUUUAUGGGCUGGGAAGGAAGUAAGUUUUAAAGUUAAAAUGUUGGGUUGGAAUUCAAACUUGGGUGGAAUUCUAGAUUCACUUAUUAUUUCUUGCUGGAAAAUGUGACAUCUAAUGAAGUGAAUCAUACUGUUUUUACUAACUGUGUAAUUGUGUUUUUCUUCAUUCUUGUUUGAUCUCUUCUGCUCACAGGAAGAAAUGUGUCUAGAUAAAAGCCAGUUUUCUUCCUCUGAUAUGAGUUUGGAAAACACUCAAUAUGCAACUGAUACUACUCUUAAAAAAAGAAGCAAAAGUGUGUAUACACCCCUUGAGCUCCAGUUCCUAGAAAUUAAAAAUCAGUAUAAGGAUGCUAUUUUGUGUGUUGAGUGUGGUUACAAGUACAGAUUUUUUGGAGAAGAUGCAGAGGUAAAGGACUUCUAUCAACCACAUUGUUUUACAGUUACACACUGUUGCUAUUAA